AUGGAAAUAGCUGCUUCAUCGUCUUCGUCUGCUUCGUCAUCUAGUCCACCCUCUUAUUGGGAGCAUGAUGUCUUCCUCAUUUUCAGGGGUGAGGACACCCGCCAUGGUUUUACAGACCAUUUGUAUUUUGCUUUGAAUCAGAGAAGAAUCAACAGUUUCAGAGACACUGAGAAGCUUCCGAGGGGGAAAUUCAUUUCACUGGAACUUGUGGAAGCAAUCCAGGAGUCAAGUUGGUGUCUAGAUGAGCUUGCUUAUAUUCUUGAAUGCCAGAAAGUGAGGGGACUGGAAGUUAUUCCGGUAUUUUUCCAUGUAGAGCCAUCUCAGGUUAGAAAGCAAGCUGGAGAGUUAGGCAUGGAGAUUGCCAUGCAUGAGACAUAUUUAGAGGAGAAGAAGAGAAAGGUGAACAAGUGGAAGGAAGCUUUGAAGGAGAUAGCUAGUCUUUCCGGAUGGCAUGUCACCAAUGACAGGGGAGAAUCAGAAGUUAUUCAGGAAGUAGUUAAAGGGAUUUCAGACGUAUUGAACAACCCGUUAUCCAAUCCGGACAGAGACUUAAUUGGAAUGGAUGCACGUAUUGAGACAUUGGAGUGUUACUUGGAUCUAAGGUCAGAUGAUGUUCUUGCUGUAGGGAUUUGGGGGAUGGGGGGCAUUGGUAAGACGACUCUGGCAAAAGAAGUUUUCAAAAAGAUCCGUAAUCAGUUCGAUGUUAGCGGCUUUGUAUCAAAUGUUAGAUUGUAUUCAGAAGAGAAAGCUCUUGUUGAAUUGCAAAAACUUCUUUGUGGAUCCUUUUUCGGGGAUAGCAAUAUUAAGAUAGACACUGUCAAAAGAGGGAUAAGGUUAUUAAAGAAUGUACUGUACAAGAAAAAGGUGCUAAUUGUUCUAGAUGAUAUUGAUGAACUCAAACAACUGAAAGAUUUGGCACCUGGAAUGCAUAAUGAAGAGAAUUCUUGGGCUCCAGGAAGUCGACUCAUUAUAACAACCAGAGAUAGGUGCACAUUGACACAAUGUGGAGUAUUGGAGUAUAGAAUAUAUGAGGUCGAAAAACUGAGUGAUAUAGAAGCGCUUCAGCUCAUCUGUCAACGUGCCAUCAAGAGAAACGAUCCACCAGUUGAGUUUGUAGGACUGUCUAAGAGUUUUGUAAAAUAUGCUGGACGAAUGGUUCUAGCUCAUUGACACAACAUGCCUUCCUUUAGCUCAUAAAGUUCUAGCGUCACACGUGUCUGGAAGGGAGAUAGAUGAAUGGUUAGAGGUAUUGUAUAGGCUGGACGAAGAUCUGGAUAAAGAUAUUUUCAGUGUGC